GCGCCGCUCCUUCCUCUGUGGAGACUUUGCACUCUUCGAGGAGAAAGCGCGGCUCGAGGGGCGGCUUGGCCUCUCGACCCAACCCUGCUGACCAGAAAAGAUGGAGAUCGGGUGCGGUCCCUCCUCCACCAACGUUCAGCGGGGACAUCGAGGCCGAUCCCUACUGUUUUCGGCACUACAAGCGGAGAUUGCUCAGGUGGGUGGAAAUCACCAAGGAGUACCUACCUGGGAACGAGCAAGCUUUGCGAGCUCUUGAACACCUCAAAGGUGAGGCGGAGAUCGAAAUGGAAGAAAUGGAGGAUACUCGGUACAACACCGACGGGGGCAUCUCGCUCCUCCUGCAGGACCUUGAGCGCAGCUUCGGCGCAAAGGAGAUGUUCCGCCAGGGCGGCACGAUCCGGGAGUUUGAGAACGUGGGCAGGCUGCAAGGAGAAAGUGUGCAUGCGUUUGUCCGUCGUUUCAGACUCUUGGAGCGCAAGCUCAAGGACAACCAGGUCCCCGAGUACCCGGAGCAGGCAAGAGUAAUCAAGUUACUGGAUGGCUUGCGCUUGGAUGAGAAGAGCGUGGCCUCUCUGCUCCUGGCCGCGGGUAACCGGUACGACAUGAGAGCUAUCCUCAAUGCUAUUUCCAUACAGUACCCCGCCGGUCUAACCAUCACGGGAAUGCCGCGGCACUUCAUCUUCGACGGCCUCCUCAUCGGCGUCUUCUACAAGGUCGGGGCUACCUUCACGGAAGACUAUGCCGACGAGGAAAUGGCGGAUGCUGAGGUCUUCCUCCUGUGGACGAGGAUCCUCCUCCGGAACCUCAAGGUGACGAUCCUGGAGAAGGAGACCUAUCCCGAGGACGAGGAUUGGGGCAGCUUGGUCCAGGCGCUCACCGUGACGAGCAAACGGUUGGCAGGACUGGUCCAGGCCCGCGGCUACUACCAGACCGAAGGCAAGGGCAAGAAAGGCAAGGGCAAGAGCAAGGGCCGCGGUAAAGGUCGCGGCAAGCCCGGUGGCAAGGCUUCGGGCAAGUCCUUCCCCUCUUUCGGCAAGGCCUCCGGCAAGAAGGGCUCUGGCUUCAAGGGCAAGGCCAAGACGACGGACCCUGCUGUUCACCAGCAAAGGCUGCAGGGCAGCCUGUGUUUGGGAUGUGGAGCGUCGGAUCACUGGCUCAAGGACUGCCCUUCGUACAACGUCCAGAAUGCUCAGAUCGCCAGCGCUUCCUUCGAAGGCUUGGUGCUGGAUGCGGAUGGCGUUGCAGCUUCUUGGAUGGUGAGCGCCAAUGAGCCUCUUCAGGAAGGCACUACUGAGGAAAAGAGCUUUCAGCACUUCUUCCAGGCCCCUCCGCUUUCCGAGUUUGAGCCCUCUGUACCUGUCGGUCCCAGUAUCUUGUUGCAGUACUACCAGGGCAGCAGUUCGGCUUACAUCAUCGCGGAUACGGGUUGUCAGAG